AUGGUUUACUGCGGUGUCUGUGGGGCAUUAUUUGAUAAUGGACAAACACUUUCCAUACAUCAACAGUUGUACUGUACUGGUGGUAAUCUUGUGAAUGGAAUACGUCCUUCUCCCCCUACAGCUCCAUAUAUAUAUCCCAACAAUAACAAUUACACAAUGAACCCACCAUACACAUUUAAUACGUGUAGUCCAAUGGGUGUUCAAAAUAAUCCUGUUGCUACUGCUGCUGCUGCGAUGUCUGCUCCAAUAGUGAGAGCUCCACCUAUGCAAGUCGCCCCAGAGGCUCCUCCGUUCACGUUACCAGCAAGGGAAAUGUAUAUGUAUGAUCAGAUUGUACAGGCGGUGGUGAAUGCUGUUCGUACACAGCAGGAGGUGGCAAAUAAAAAUCAAAGUGAAGUUGAACGUCUGCGGCUUGAGCUGCAAGCCAUGAAGUUACUAACACCGGAGGAGAGACAACCCACAGUAGACUACUACUCCCACCAUCGGGGUGAGAGACGGCAUGAAUACCAACAACAACUGCAGCAACUCCAACAAGAACAACUGCAACAACAACACCAACAACAACUUCAACAACAAUUGCAACACCAACUGCAGCAACAGCAGCACCAACAACAACUCCAAGAACAACUGCAGAAACUACAGCAACAACAACAAGAACAACAACAACAACAACUGCAUCUAAAACAGCAGAAACAACAACAGAAACAACAGCAGAAGCAGCACCAAGCCCAAGAACAGCAACAAGAUCUACAGGUGUUAUCUGUUGAGAGAUCACGUCACCGGCAGCAGGGCCCUGCGGUAUUUGUCGCUCCAAAAAAGAAUGAGAUGAAUGAAACCUCGUCUUCUUAUUCACCGUUUCCAACAAGUUCUUUAUUGUAUGCGAAAAGAUACGCAUUAUGGGUAGAUCAUUUGGAGGGAAUAGAUAUUCAAGUGCCUUUAACAGAUGUUGUCCUUUCCAUUGAGCAGUACCGCCUCUUCGCUGGUGAAGAGGGUUGUUUGCUAGAAUCUUUGGCGCUGAAACAAUAUCGAAAUGUUGACAUUCGUCGUGAAGGGGUGGACACUUUUUUAAUUACUCUCGACAACCCCAUGGAGUUUAGAGUAGCAAAGGCAAAAGAUCUACAUAUUUUCAUCAUUACCUUCAGUUUUAAGGGAAGACCAUUGUUUUGGGCCUCUGUGAAUGCUCGUCAGGAGGGAUUGUGGAUGGGUGCGUUGCGCCGUAUUCCAGUGGAUGUGCCCAGCGCCUUGCAGAUGAACAGUAGUUGUAUGCAAAAUGCAAUGAUUCGAGGAACGAUUGCUUGUCAUCCGGAUGAUGAUGUUUUAGUGCAGGCGGAACAGUAUUUAAGUAGUAACCCGUUUGUACAUCUUAAGAGUGAAGAACCGUUAGAACCGCAUGCAUCUAAGAGGAAUACAGUUACAAGAGACUCUCCGCCCAGGUCCAAGGAACGUUUAUCAACUGGGGGAAAUGCUUCAACUGAACAGAAGCAACAUCCACCUACUCACUCAGAAAGACGUUCAUCUCAUGAGAAGGAUGUUUCAACUGAACAGAAGCAACAUCCACCCACUCACUCAGAAAGACGUUCAUCUCAUGAGAAGGAUGUUUCAACUGAACAGAAACAUCAUCCACCUACUCACUCAGAAAGACAUCCAACACCUGGGGGAAAUGGUUCAACAGAGCAGAAACAGCAACCAUCAUCUGUUUCAGCACAGCCGCCAAAGUCAGAGACUACUCCCCAAAAAGCUCCAACAGAGCAGAAACAGCAACCAUCAUCUGUUUCAGCACAGCCGCCAAAGUCAGAAACCACUCCUCAAAAAGUUCCAGCAUAUGUGCCUAAAGACAUGAAGGCUGUUGAAGAGCACAUGUUAGAUAUUAACUUUGAUGAAAAUGGUAACGUUAUUGUACCACCAAACUACAAAAAUGAUGUGAAUAAAAUGGAAAUGUUUUCUAAAGAAGAUGAGGAAUUGGAUACUGAUGCAAGCUUAAUUUUUGGACUACGUUCAGAAAAUGAUAUAUCGCCAUUUUUGGGGGGUUCAAGUAAUGAUACUACGAUGAAUGAAGUGAACUUUAGCAUAACUGCAGUUACUGGGCUUCCGCUUGAUGCAGCGUUCACCCGUGUAUUGGUGUAUAUUUUAGAGUAUAUGGAUAUUGAAACUGGAGAAACAGUAAAUUUGGCUGAUAAUCCUGCACUCUUUAUGCAACCUCCAAAUAUUGUUCAAUAUCAAGACAUUAAUGACAGUACAACUUGUCCUAACUUUUUUAUUGAUAUGAAAAGCAUUCCUGUCACUGAUACAACUUUUGCCGUUGUUAUCAUUGAAUACAUAACUGCCAAAGCGGAUGGUCCAUAUGUAUUUGGUCAUGUUGGUAUACCUAUUCAUAACGGAUUAAUUACGGGAAAAUUUAUCUCACGCGUUAGACUAGGUGACCCAAGAAGGCCUGAGGCCCGUAACGUAAAUGGUGGUGGUGAUAUUCUCGCAGAACGUAAGGCCAUGGGCAACUAUUCCCAGAUGAUGAUAGAAGAAACCAUUGACUCACAAGCCCUUUACUAUAAAUUAUUCACACCACCUCAGGGACGUGCAGAAUGUUGUCCAUGUGGUUUUGUUAUUUGGUGUUUGAAUGGAGAUAAAGAGGGUCCGUGCUUUGAUGCCCCACGUCAGCCUAAACCCUCCAAAGGUGAACAUCAUCUUUUCUUCUCACGUUCUGGAAAAGACCUUCACACCACUCCGUGCUUUGAAAACCUUGAAGCGGCUGCAGAAGGAUUUAAAGGAAUUCCAAAACCAAUGGGGAACAAAAUUAAUUACAUAAUCCCAUAUGAAGAGAAGCGUGGGUUCUUUGUAGCUAUUGAAAGUUUGCAUGGUUUGGAUAAUGAAUGUGCGCUCUAUGCUGUUGCUGUGGACUUGGGAUGGGAUGGACCAGAUGGUCUCAUGUAUACAUCUCACCGUGACUGGUCCUCAGAUGUUGGUGCACCACGGUUUUCUGAUCCUAUGCAUGUUCUAACUGGAGUAACUGAAGAUCCGACUGCGUUUGCUCUAUUUUAUCUUAUUAAGAUAACCAACCUUCAAACAAUAUCGAAGUAUGGUGCCGCACAGUUAAAAACAGAGACGGCUGCUUGGUCGAUACUGAGACUGUUCUCCGAUGAUAACUCACUUCGUCAUGGACAUUACGCAAUACCGUGGUUCCCUGGUGAACCCCCAGAAGAGUUGCUAGACGACCUGGAGGCAGAGCCUAUGGAAAAAGUCAUUCUCUCUUGGUUUAAGAAAAGUGCAUUACGUUACUCAGACGAACAAUCUACCAUUGUUCUUUUCGUUGGUGAUCCUAUUGAUGCCGAGCAGUUGCUUGUUAAUCACCCAGGGCGACCACUGCCUCAACGACUUCUCGUUCCUGCGUCUCAGCGAGACACAUUCCCGUGUUUAGAGUACGAGGGAGCUAUUGGAUACACACAACAGCAGUUGGUGCGUGAUUUGGGGUUGAAUACGUCAGAAGUAGAGGCAGCCGUAAAUUCAUGUGUCCAGAGUUAUGUAAACGAGAAUAUUGGGAAAUAA